UGCAAACACACCGUUUUAGGCUUCACAUGCUUCUCCUUGGCAUUCCAGGCUCAGGCUUGAUCAAGCAUUGGCCCAUCGGACGCGCGAGGCCCCGACGGCGCCAUGUUUUGUGAGAGCUGUUGUGUGGAGUCUGGCACAGCCACCGAAGUGGGGGUGGACGAGCGGACAUCUCCGAUGGACAUCAUUGAGUCACAUCCUGGGAACUAUGUCUACGACGUGCAGCUUGGGAUGGUCAUCGUCUCAAACACGCAGGGCGCGGUGGUCUCAGCGUGGAAUGAUAGCAAUCCACCAAGCAGACAGAUUGGGAUGUAUGACAGGAUCGUGAAAGUCGAGGGAGAGCUUGGUCAAGGUGGAAAGGAUAUCAUGAAAAAGAUUGCUGCAAAGGUGACCAAUGGAGUGCAGGUCACCAUGCAGCGGCCGCAAGAGCGGACGGUAACAGUCGAACGAACGGCGAGGCUCGGGAUGAACCUCAACUACCGGAAGGGCACGCAUGCUAAGCCCUGGAUCUCCAGUAUAGAGGACGGCAAUUGCCUCAUCGAUCAGUGGAACAAGACUCAUCCGACCCACUCGGUGGCAGUCAACGACCGGGUCAUCUCCGUGAACGGAUCGGCCCUCUCGGCAGUGGAUACAGUGGAAACCUUGCGGACAGCCACUGGAACGUUGACCAUUAAGUUCGUUCAUUUCGACUGAGCUGCCUAGCGAAAACGACGCGUAGACGAGUCGCCAUCGCGCGCCAGUUCUUUCCGCAUGUUUGACAGCACAGAUCAUGAUGCAC